GUUGAUGUAGCUAAACUGUUCAUUAACGUCGGCACCGUGUAGCAUCAGAUACAGACACCUAUGCUCUGGCUUUCAUUCAUGUUAUUCAAGAAAUUAUGUUAGAUUCAGCAAGCACCUUUUAGCAGCUAGUUGGUCACUUAGAUCUUUCCAAUUUGGUAAUGUCAGUGCACUGUUACCAGUAUUUUCUUGUCCAUGGCCUAGAUUUUGGAAUCUGAAAACUGUGGGACUUUAUCAUACAUCAAGAAGGAAGAAUGGGUGCCAUCUGUUCUCUGAAUGCCACCAGUAGCUUCAUGCAGUUCUUUGAGGAAUUCUACUUUGCUGUUGCAUUUUUAUUCGAGCAAAGUACCUUAGCUUGGUGUGGUAUCUGAAUUACAAAUUAGCCUCUUCGGCAAUUGAAAUCCAUUUGCACAAUCCCUGAAGCCUGUUGCCUCGACACUGAGUUUCAAGAAAACCUGAAUCGUUGAUUGGUCACUUACACCGCGUCGGGUUUUAAGCGUCAAGAUCUGGAUAGCAUGUAACAGGAUCUUUGAUGGGUAGAACUUGGAUGGGUUUUGUUUUGUUUUGGAUUUUUUGAAGCUUAGAUGGUGAAAUGGCCCAACUGAAGAGAAAAGGGGUGUUCUUUUGGGAAAGUGGAGAACGUAUUGUGGUGGGUUUUUGCAGGCAAAGGUGAAGGUAAUUUGGCCAUUACGUGCCUUGUGGCCUACCACCAUUACAAAACUGAGCAAGUUAAGGCUAAGAAUUCUCUGCCUUACAAUUUUUUACCCACCAAAACCAAAACCAAAACCAAAACCAAAACCAUCUCUCUCUUUUCCCUCGAAACGACUCAAAGAAUCAAUGGGCACGUUCCCAAACCAUCUUCCUUUCUGAAAUGUGUCUAUAUAUAUACAUCUGUGGAUUUGUCUGUGAACUGUUUAAUCCAUCUUUAACUGCUUUUCCUUCCAAAUUCAUGGAGUCUGUUGCCUCUACUUCAUCCCCACCCCGCCGUCCCCGUCUUCACCUUACUCGAUUCAAGCCCUCCCAAGCCGUGGCUGACCGGAUCGUUCGAGCUCUCCACCAUCACCUUCGUCUUCUUCACCGCUCCGAUUCUAACUUCUUUGUGUUGGGAGCCACAGGCAACGUCUACAUUGUGUCUCUGUCCACCACCCCUUCCUGCAGUUGCCCCGAUCGGAUUACCCCGUGCAAACACAUAUUGUUCAUCUACAUUAGAGCCCUUGGUGUGUCACUCGACGACGCAUGUCUUCGGCGGAGAACGCUUCGACCAUGCCACCUGAAUCGCUUGCUUACUGCUCCCAUUAUGUUGGAAUCUGUUGCUGCAAUUGGCGUGCGUAGAGUAUUUCAUCAACGAUUCUUCCAGGUAAAAGGACGAGCUUCUGCAUCCGUCGUAGACGUAGAAGAUGGGACUACAUGUCCGGUUUGUCUGGAUGAAAUGAAGAAGGACGAUAGCGAUAGGGUCGUGGCUUGUAUGACAUGUCGAAAUGUUGUCCAUGAAGAUUGUUUCUUGAGGUGGAAACGAAGCAAGGGAAGGCGAAGUGUUAGUUGCGUAGUUUGUAGGGCAAGGUGGAGAGAUACGAGUGGCCAAGAAAAGUAUUUGAAUUUGUCUGCAUACAUCAAUGAAAUUAACAAUGAUCUCUAUAAUACUUAAAACUAAGAGAUCCAUAAUCA